UGGUGAGUACCCGGUAUGGUUAGUUGUUGUGAUUUGUUUGCUGCGGUGGAAGUGGUUACAAACUUUACCAACGUCGGAGUUUUGCAUUUACUGAGAUUAAUAUGUUUGCCUGGUGUUGGUCGUUGUGGUAGAUGCACAUACUGUUUGCUAUUUGGAAGUUUGAUAGCGUUUAUGAACGUUGCUCCAACUUACUCUCAAUAUAAAUUAACACAAAACAAUAACUAUACAGUAUGUCCAAGAAACACAUAUCUUGACCCGAAACAUUCGUCAUUGCUUGGCUUUGAUGUUAAACUCCAGUGGUAUUUAUGGCUACAUAAAACGUUUCCGAGAUGUUGGCAGUCGCUACAAUAUAUGCUUUGUUUCCCUACAAAGAAAAGAAGAGUGAAGAAACAAUGUCAAGUGUUUUGUUUUAAAGCUUUGCAAUCCUGUCAAAUGAUGUUCAUUUUAAGUAAUUCUACUGUUGUGGAUUUCUUGGAAUGCUCCAGUAUGCCAAAGAUUUGCAAUGGCACAUUUCUGAAAGUUUCUAAAGAACGUUGUGGCAGUCCAUUGUUAUCAUCAACUUUUGUUACAAACUGGGUUAUCAGCUGGAGUGAGAAAAACUUAGUAGAUAAAUCUAUUAAAUAUGGCUGUUCUGUACCAUGUGAUAGCAAGUUUAGACGCCAUAAAGCUAAAGAUGUUGAUGUAUAUCCAUUUAUUGUUGUGUGUGGUGGGUUUGGGAUUUUAACCUCUCUUUUUACCAUGGCCAGCUUUUUAAUUGAUUGGAAAUGUCAGAAAAGAUAUCCAGCUGUCAUUUUGUUUAUCUUAAAUGUUUGUUUCAUCUUUUUCAUUCUUGGAUGGAUCUUGCAGUUUUUUGAUUCGUCAAACUCAAUUGGUUGCACUUCAAAAGGAGACAGACGAAUGAAUGAACCAAGAUCAAAGAGUGGAUUCUUGUGUACCAGCUCUUUCGUCUUGAUAUAUUCAUCUUCAAUCGCAAUCUCGUGCUGGUUCUGUGUUCUCACUUAUGCAUGGUACAUCUCAUUUAAAGCACUUGGUUCAACAAAAGAUGUCAUCAAGGACAGAGUCACAUAUUUUCAUUUAUUCAGCUGGUCGAUUACUUUAUUGUUGACAAUGCUGGUGAUGUUGUUUGGAGUGGUUGAUGCUGGCGAGAUAACCAACAUUUGUUUUGUCAACUACAAAAAUAAACUAGCAAGAAAUGCAUUUCUAUUGGUUCCUUACUUGUCUUGUUUACUGAUUGGUGAAUUGUUUCUGAUUCUAGGUUUCAAAGAACUGAUCAAAGUCCGUGCUCAUUGUCAGCUGUUUGUUGUACCUAAAGCUGCUGCAAAUAUCACGCAGACAAUAUAUCGGCUUGGAUUUUACGGUAUAAGUAUGUUCGUCGCUGUUUUUAUGCCUCUUGGUUGUAUACUUCAUGAAGGCUAUAUGCAGGAUGAUUGGCGCACAUUGUAUUCAAACUACAUACGUUGUGUUAUCAUUGCGCAGUCCAGUCACACGUCAUUCUGUGUCCCACCCAGCGAUAUGAGGUUGUCUUAUUUAUAUUUACAUGUCACUGGAUUUUCUAUUGCGUGUAUCACUACAAGCUCUUGGACGUGGACACACGCUACAUUGAAAAUAUGGCACAAAGUUUGGAAAAGAUUUCGAAAAGUUGAUGCGCGUCAAAGACUGCAGUUGAGUUGGUAUGCUCGAAUGAACAAAAAGAAAAUAAGCCCGUUCAUACCACCCGUUAAUCCGAGAGACCCGUUACGGGACGAACUCCCUAAGCAACUAUCUAACCGAAUGCAACAUGGUGAACUAACGCCUUCCCAUAGUCUUCAUAACCUUUUAGAAGGAUUGAAUAACCGAUGGCGUAGUGGGGAGAAGCGAAGGAGUAGCGAUGAUAUAAGAAGCGUAGCGGAUUUGUUUUCCGCGAGAAGAGGGAGCCGGUUAAGCAUCUCAUCUUUCGAGUCUCUAAGAACUACCAUUCUUCCUCACAGAGGCUUAAAUAUGCUCAGAUCGAAGUCUUUAAAUAAUAUACAAGCUCUUGGACAUUUAGCGUCAAAUCACUCUCCUCCCAGGAGACUUUCUACGAAUUUAACUGUGAUGAAAGUUAGUGAUCGCUUAGGAAAACAACGGAGUGCUUCAAGAUUAUCAAUGGACGAUUUAAAACAUUUACACGAUAACCUUUACACUCCAUUAUCAUUUGUGCACAAAGAUAACAUAGUUGCAGAUUGUAUUCCUAAUUUUUCCACACCACGAUUAAGAACUACAGCAAAGCAAUACAACAGAGUGUUCAAAUCAACCAAAAAUGAGGAGGAAACUACAGAAAUGCUUGGUCCUUCGUCGUGUUAAGCAGAAACAGUGUUUUUUUUCACGACAUAAUUUUCGGCCGGUAUUCUGACAGACCUCGCCUGCCUAUAUCCUCCAUAUUUAUAAUACCAGUCGUUUGUGUAUCAAAAAUGGCAGCCGCGUCGCUAAUAUGUGCUAAAGAUGCCCGGAUAUGUUUGACAGGCAAUAGUUCGAGUACUGGAAGGUCGAGCAAACACUAGUAUUUUCCCACGAGCUAAUAAUAGUAACCGGAUUUUGCCUGUCUGUCUUUCCGUAAGAAAAAGGACCUCCAACACGAAAUAACAAACGCGAUUGAUUUUUUUGUCGACUUUGUUGCGAUGGGCGAAUUCUACUGAAAUUUUCGACUUGCAAAGAAAUACUGAUGAUAAGACUGGGUUUUUUAGGCUCGCUUACCCCAAAUUUAACUUUACUUAGGAAUUUAUACCAAAUGUAGAUUUAUGCAAUUUUUAUGCAAAUGUACAGUCAUGUUUUUUUACGUUUGUAAAGAUUAUUUGUUCACAUGUUAAAUGAUUCUUUUGGA